AUGGUGGUGUAUGCCUGCCUGAUAAUUUGGGUGGCGACAUCAAGGGCGCUUCGCACAGACAAUUAUUUGGAGUUGGAGAGGCCAGCGGAGAAUUGCCCAGAGACGUGCACGGCAGUGAGCUCGGCAGAUGUCCGAGGCCUCUAUGAGGUGCGUGGCGAGGCGGCCAAGGAACUGGGAAGGCUGCCGGCGCAGCACUACAUUGUUGGGAGCAGCUGCGCAACAGAUUUUUCAGCCCCUGCGAACAUUGUACCAUGGGUCGAUGCGCAAGACCCUGUCAACAAGUCUUUCAUUGCCAUUUACGUGGACCCAAAGAUGGACCACAAGAUACACAAGAACGCUGCUGGCACGGUAUUUCUCUGUGCAACUCAGAGCCAAAGCUGCGUGUGUAAGCUCACUGGGCACAAGCCCUUAGCAGUGUUUGGUCGCUUUGUAUCCAUGCUCCGCUCCAAAUCUGCUGAGAACUUGAUGGACCUUCAUCUGUCGAUGGAACGCAUGUGCCCAGCUGCACUGCCAAAUCUCCUUGCCGCAAUGAUUUUCGUUCUCAGCCUUGUUUUGGCUGCCGUGGUGUCUGAAGCAGCAUGCCGGAUGUGGCAAGCUUCGUCGACAGGCCCAAGGCACUCUGAGAAGGCAAAGGUGUGGGAAGACAACACGGUUCUGGUAAAAACCCCCAUUGGAAGCUUCGUGACCGGUUGUGGCUGGUUUGCUGGCUUUAUGAUGUCGUUGGCAGCUCUGCAGAGUGGUGCCUUGCUGUUUGUGGAGAAGAACACCGAGCUUGAAACUCCAGUAUGGUUUCUCGCUGCCUUUCCAGCCUUCCUUGCGCUCACCGCUGCUGUCCGGUUGAUGAACCUGCUGAGCAAGAGACUGUUGGCCAGUGCGCUUCUGGAGCAUGGCUGCGUGCUCACAGAUGUUGGUCAGUCUCAGACCAUGGAUGCUCUUCUCAUCGCUAUGCUCACCAUGUAUUCAUUGGUGAUUCUUUGUCUUGUGAGCUCAAGCCUUCGUGCCUUUGCAGUUACGCUUACCGCUCUGGCUGGCCCAUCUUGGGCAUUGCUGAAGGCUAUCAACGUGGCCAGAGAAACUGAGAUCAUGCUCAACUAUGUGGAAACAAACCUGAAGCAUUUCGCCAAAGACAGCUUGCCCAAGAUUCAAAUCAUUCCCUGUCAUUCGCUUGCUAGAGCAGGUCGCAGGGGUCAAGAUCUUUGUGACCUGGCGUCCGAACCUGCAGUCGAGGGAGACAAGAGUCUGGACAUGACGCUCAGCGACCUUUCGUGGCAACGAUGGAGCAUCUAUCACCUGACAGGAUCUCGAGCCGGCUUCUUGGUGCUACCGGGCUUUGCGGCGCUUGUUGCCACGUCGCUCUUUAUCUCCAGCAUGCACCUGGCAAACUACGCUUGUGCUGGUGGGGAAUUGUCGGAUCUACAGUUACCCAGCUCAUUUCGUGCACUGCGUUUUACAGAGUUCCAAGACAAGUAUGAGGUCGUUAUUGACAGGUCAUUUAGACAGGCGGCAAUUGCAGCAUCUUCACCUGCAUCUGCGACAAGACACAUUAAUUUCACCCAGCCUGUGGCUUCAGCGGACAUUUCCCCAAGCUUCAAGAUUCACCAAGUAAAUGACAGCACCAGUACCGCCCUGGAAGAGGCCCAGCUAUCCAACCAUUUGGUCCCACGAGUUGCGAGGAUCGGUGUUAAGGGUCUGCGGCCCUCGCUGCCAGCAGUGGACUACCAAGUACAGUUCUCCCCUCUGAUGACAUUGCCCGUGCUCGUCAGCAUCGCUGCAGGGGAUUUCGCUACCCAUGUGGCGUGGUCCACCUUGCCUGGAUCCGUUCUCAGCUUGCCGCAAGGAACGAGCGACCUCGACGUGCAGGUGAGUCUAGCAGACUUCGUUCUGGGACUGCCAGUGCAACUUCACGACAACGUCUCAGAUGCUGUGCUCUGGACAGCUUUUGACCCUCGGUCUGAUGCUGAUGAGGGGACAUGUUCGAGACAGUGCAAGGAGCGCCUGGAUUGUUUUGCAAAUUACCUUGGCCAUAAUGGAUGCUUUUUCGCGUUGGGGAAUCACAAGGUUCUUGAAUCAGGCCGAGCAACAGGUUGGCACUCGUUACGCACGAGCAACCGGAAGCUAAGUGGCCACAUUUCUGGAUGUGUGGUUAAUGACACGGAUUCCAGGAUUCUGUCCACGUGCGGCAAGCCCGUUUCUCCUGAAAACACAGUGCUCCAUUUUGGCAAAAUUCGCCCAGACUGGCGCUCAAAGUCGGCAACUCUAAGUCUUGCUUUGCAGCUGGAAGUUGGAGGUCAGAGAUUCGAUUCUGAGGUAGAGCAGGUUGUCUUGCAUCAAGGUUCACCUGCUGCCAUUGAUGCCAUUGGCGUCGUUCUCGGCGAGUUAAGCGGAAGCAAUCAAACUGUCGAGGUCAGAAGCAGCACCUUUGUGGACGGUCUAGGCCAAAUCACCAUCAAGCUCUUUCCAUAUGACCCUUUGAAUUACACGAGCAUGCGAGUUUUGCUGAUGCCCCUGUUGCCCGAUCGGGCUUUCAAAGUACAGUGGUCUUUCGUCCCUGAGGUCAUGGAAGGGGACCUGGCAUUUGUUAGAGCCAGCCCCAGGUGCCAAGAAAGUGCCCUAGUCAGGGCUCGGUACGAAGUUUGCGGGGCCAAAGGAGGCAUCCCCGACAGACCUGUUGCAUUGCCGUUUGCGCCCUGGACAGGACAUCUGGGCAAGUUUGUGAUCUACACAGUUACCCCACGGGACACCAAGUGGAUGUGGCCGCAAUCCAAGCGCUACACUCCCACCUUUACCUUUGCUGGUGUGGACAGGCUGAUGGCUUGGGCGGCAGAGGCCCACGAUUGCCAUGUGCUGGACAGAAUUCAGGCGAUGUUGGAAAUAGUAUCCCAACCAGUGCCACAGUCCACGUCAGAAGCAAAUUGGUUUGGGGUGAAGAUUGAUGAUUCGGCUAUAGUUGAAUUGGUGAGCUCAGCGGAUGCUUUGUGCCACUUGAUCAAGAAGGAUUGCACGGAUGUAUUUUGCGAGGGUAUCCGCAUGAGCUUACACGUGACAGAACUUGAUCCACCCUUGCUCUCGCCGGAAGGUUUCGUUAAGGUGAUCAUGUGCCUCCACAAUUUCAAUCGCACUGGUUGCAACGAAGAUUUCAGAUGGACUUAUCAUGACAACACACUGCAGCUUGAAGAUCACCCAACUCAGAUUCCUCUCCAUACCUUUCUGGCAGUUAUGUCGCAGCCAGACGAAUUCGAUUUCCUUGGAACAGUGUACUCCUCGUUGAACAGCACAGAGUCCAGCCAAUUUGCGCUCGACUCAGCACGAGAAGUUUGGAGCCUGCAAACUCCGUCCGCUGGCUUAGUGGCGAGGUUAGCCAAGCUGAACAAUGAUAUGCCCACGUGGCUGCUUGAGAAGCUGAUUUCUUCUGACGUUGGCGCUUUGGCUCUUAAUGCCGCAGAGUUGCCCACCUACAAGGCAACAUUUGCUGGGGUGACCAGAUUGAAAGCAGCACUGCACAAGGCUUCUGAGCUGAGCAACAUUGCGGUGGCAGUGCAGUUGGCAGAGGGUUACUGUCCAAGUUUUGACCUGGUGGCAUCACAGUACAGCUGGCUUCAGCACUGCAGAAACCUUCAGACGUUGGACCUCUAUGACUUCAUCCUACCAAACUUGAGCGACAGCAUUUUGCAGAACGUCAGUUCCUUAGAAAGAUGCACGCUUCAGACCAACACCAUUCCGACGUUUCCCAGUGAGCUGCUCAGAUCUUUUGUGAGCUUGAAGGCCUUAAUGCUGAAGCAUAAUGAAAUGCAAAACCUUGCAAAUGGAGCCUUUGAAGGCCUUACACGCUUGCAGAGCUUGUUGCUGUCCAGCAAUGGCAUCAGAAAACUGGAGGCAGGUACCUUCCAAGGCCUUACGUCGUUGAGGGAGUUGGAUGUGGCGGAGUUGCAUCUGUCUGAGAUAUCGGACGAUGCUUUCAGCUGCAUCCCGUCCCUCGAGUCGUUGACUCUGGCGUGUGUGCAGACAUCGAAAGGAUUUGCUGUCACAGCAUCCAGUAGGCUGCCACUCGCAAGCCUGCCUAAGGCUAUUUUCAGCAACCUUACCAGCUUGAAGAACUUACACCUGGGUUGCACCUCCAUUACGAGCUUAAGUGAAGAUGUGUUUGAGCACCUGAAGCUGCUGGAGGAACUGAACUUGAAAGACAACAACCUGAAGAACCUGUCUGGGAAGAUCUUCAGCAACCUGCGCCAUUUGAAGUCUUUGAGCCUGGCCGCCAAUCGUGUCGAUCAGCUUCCCAGCAAUCUCUUCCAUGGCCUUGGUUCCCUGGAGGAGUUAAACCUGGAAAGCAUGGGCCUGGAGCAGUUGCCUGAUGGCAUCUUCGCGGAUCUCAAGUCCCUGCGGAUCUUGCGCCUCUCUAGGAAUCUGACCAAGCUCGAGGUGCUAGAAGUGCGCAGGAACUCCAUUAGGUCCCUCCCGGCAGAUGUCUUCGACGAUUUGAGCUCCCUGAAAGUGGUAGACUUGUUUGCGGGGACACAUGUGAGCGCAUACAGGAGCAUCCAGGAGAAUAAGCCGACAGCAUGCCGGAAGCCACAUGUCUCCUGCAUCAUUGGCUGA